AAGAAUAGCUGCCACAUACAAUACUCAAGUAUAAAGUUCUGAUGGAAGUUAUCUUUAACAAUGCCAGAAUUAGAUGACAAUGACAGAAGUACACAUAGUCAAGAAAAAACAUCAGCUUAAAAGAACUGAAGAAUUUAGGUUUCAAAAUGUCCAGCUACAUGUAUGUGACAGCAGUAACACAACUAAGGUGGAUGCAAAAGUUACUAGGACCUUAGGGACAAGAAUCUCUGACUUUCCUAAAUAUACAAACACAGAAUUGCCAGGCAACACCAUGGCAGUAGAUAUGGAGAGUGAAGGCCAUUUCUUGAGGUAUCAUGACAGUCUACCCAGAAACGGUCACCUGAAUGCAAGUGUGUUUUUAGGGCGUGUUUCAGGAAGGAAUAAAGAUCUUUUCAAAGUGGACCUCAUUUCUGACACAGAGAGCGUUUUAAGUACAGAGUUAAAUAGGCGAGAGUAUUUUCAUAAACUAAAAGAAUUUGAAAAUGAAUUAAAGUGCCCUUCAUCAGAAUAUACAUCGAAUGACCAAGGGUCACACUUGAAAUCUGCAGAGAAUACGUGUGAAAAUUUGUGUUCGAGUGGAAAGAGACAAAAGGAAAAUUUAAUUGCAAUAAAAGAUACAGGUGUUAUUAUAAGCAAACAGCUGGAUGCAGAUGUACAGAACUGCAUCAGUGAUGACAUUGGGCAAAAUUCUAAUCCUUGCAUACCAGUAGAAACCAGAAGUCAAGGUACCAAAAAAACAUCAUUUUGUUAUCAGUACGAUGAAUUGAUUAAAACCAGAAAUACAGGUGACGAUGCAAAUUUAUUGAGUGAAUUAUCUGGUGUGAAUAAUGCAAAUGAACAUGGUGCAGUCAAUUACAUUGAUAAAACCACUGCGGUAACUUUGGAAGAUGUCAUACAUGAGUUUCUGAACUACUUCCAAUCGAGACGUCAGAGAAUGGAUUCAAACGAUGGCGUAAGGUCCGGCAUCGCAGAUGACUUUGAUGCAGUGGAUGGCUUUGGUGUUCACGGCAGACAUGAACAUGGUCAAAAAAAGAAUGACGACAGAUACUGAGCUCUGCUGACUACCUCAAACAUGCAGUUAUUGAACUUUGAAGAAAAAGUAAUGUCAGUGGUCAUCAGAAAAUCAACAAAAAAUUUACACAAAUCUAAAAGGAACAAAGUGGAUUAACAUGUCCAUUUAG